AGCACCAUUCAACCUGUGGAUAGUGCUGUAGGAGCGCGUCUGUGCUCACCGGGCAGUCUACUGGCGAUCUGGGACGCUCUGCCUCCAGCCUGCUGCGCUGUUUGUGCGCGUCUUUUUCUCUCCCUUUUCCCACCGUUUGCUCCGGGAUUCGGUGCGUUCCGUUUGACCUCGAGCCGUGAGCAGGUAUUCAGUUUAUGAAUGGCACUGACAUGGAGGAAAUACCGUUUCAGAAAGUCAAAACCAGGCGGAAGAGAAGUCACUGUCCACCGGGCGUCCCUCUGACCACCAUCGUGUGCGAGGACGAGUUCGACUGCAAAGAGCUCGAGUCCCUCUUCCAGAACUACAACCUGAAGCUGGAGCAGACCUCCACCUUGAAAGCCCUGGCCGUGCUCAUCUUCAUGUCCUCCACGUUGGCCGUGCUGGAGUUGCUGUCCGGCCCCAGCCUCACCAUCUCCAAGGGGUCCCAUCCGGUGCACUGUGUCAUCUUCGUGUCCCUGUUCAUAGUAACCAACGUCAAGUACCUGCAGGUGACUCAGCUCCAGCAGAUCGUCAACCUGACGCUCCUCUUCGGCUUCACCUUCUCCUUUCUCUGCUGCCCUUUCUCGCUGGGCGCGAUGGGGCUGGAGCCCCCGGAGUCCCCGGAGCAGGGCAUGUGGCAGCUCAUCCUGGUCACCUUCGUCGCCUAUGCGCUCCUACCUGUGCGGACUCUGCUGGCUGUGCUGCUGGGAAUAAUGGUGUCCAUCUCGCAUUUGAUUGUGACCGCCACUUCGGUCACGAUGAAGACGCAGAAACUAUGGAGAACGUUGGUUGCCAACACAGUGCUGUUCACCAGUGUCAACCUGUCAGGCCUGUUUGUGCGCAUCCUGACAGAACGAGCCCAGAGGAAGGCCUUCCUGCAGGCGCGCAACUGCAUCGAGGAGAGACUACGCAUGGAGGACGAGAACGAGAAACAGGAGCGCCUGCUAAUGAGUCUGUUGCCCAGGAACGUAGCUAUGGAGAUGAAAGAGGAUUUCCUGAAGCCCCCAGAAAGGAUCUUUCACAAAAUCUACAUCCAGCGCCAUGACAAUGUCAGCAUCCUGUUUGCAGAUAUAGUGGGUUUCACCAGCCUGGCCUCACAGUGCACAGCACAGGAGCUGGUUAAACUGCUAAAUGAGCUGUUUGGGAAGUUUGAUGAGCUUGCCACGGAGAACCACUGUCGUAGGAUUAAGAUCCUAGGAGAUUGUUACUACUGUGUGUCUGGACUGACCCAGCCCAAGACUGACCACGCCCACUGCUGUGUAGAGAUGGGUCUGGACAUGAUUGACACCAUAACGUCAGUUGCCGAGGCCACAGAAGUCAACCUGAACAUGCGCGUGGGCUUACACACAGGUCGGGUGCUGUGUGGAGUGCUGGGCCUCAGGAAAUGGCAGUAUGAUGUGUGGUCCAAUGAUGUGACCUUAGCCAAUGUGAUGGAGGCUGGAGGACUUCCAGGGAAAGUCCACAUCACCAGAUCUACACUGGAGUGCCUAAAUGGAGAUUAUGAGGUGGAACCUGGAAACGGUCACGAAAGGAACGCCUUCCUCCAAAAACAUGAAAUUGAAACCUUCUUUAUAGUGCCAUCUCACCGACGGAAGAUAUUCCCAGGAUUGAUUCUUUCGGAUAUAAAGCCAGCCAAAAAGAUGAAGUUCAAAACUGUGUGCUACUUACUAGUGCAGCUUAUGCACUGCAGGAAGAUGUUCAAGGCUGAGAUUCCCUUCUCCAAUGUCAUGAACUGCGAGGACGGUGAUAAGCGGAGAGCCAUGCGAACGGCGCCACAGAAGUUAAGAAACCGUUCCAACACAAACCAGGCUAAUGUAAUCCAGAGCAGCCCCAGAACCAGGGUCAACCGCUACAUUGGACGGCUGAUUGAGGCCCGCCAGACUGAGUCAGACACGGCGGACUUAAACUUCCUCACACUCAUGUACAAGUGCUCUGAGCGCGAGCAGAGGUACCACCAGGUCCCUGAUGAGUACUUCACCAGCGCUGUGGUCCUUUCUCUGAUCCUAGCUGCCUUGUUUGGCCUUGUCUAUCUUCUCAUCAUACCACAGGGCACAGUGGUACUAGUUCUUCUCGUGUUCUGCAUCUGUUUCCUAGUAGCUUGUAUCAUGUACCUGCAUAUAACUAGAGUACAGUGUUUUCCAGGGUGCCUGACUAUUCAGAUUCGAACUGCUCUCUGCAUUCUCAUAGUGCUCUUAAUCUACGCUGUAGCCCAGGCUUGUGUGGUGGGCUGUAUGCCCUGGUUGUGGGGUAGUGCCAACACCAACAGCUCCAUCAUCAUCAUCGAUGUUGACGGUGGCGCCAACCAAACCAUGGCAGAGCUGCCUUGCGAUGGUGCCCGAUAUGCCUUUCUAUCCUGUGUGGUGGGAACACUCACCCUGGCACUUUUCCUGCGGGUCUCCUGGCUGCCAAAGAUGGCGCUAAUGCUGCUUCUGGGGGUGCUGUACAUCACUGUGUUGGAACUCAGUGGCUUUCGCAAGACUUCAGGUGGGGGGUCUCUCCACAUCCGGGGCUAUGAGCCCAUCCUGUCUCUAUUGCUCUUUGUCAGUGCCCUGGCCCUCCACUCCAGGCAACUUGACCUCAAACUACGCUUGGACUUCCUCUGGGCUGUGCAGGCUGAAGAGGAGAGAGAUGGCAUGGAAAAAGUCAAGCUGGACAACCGGAGGAUUCUCUUCAAUCUUCUACCUGCUCAUGUGGCUCAGCACUUCCUGUUGUCAAACCCCAGGAACAUGGUGAGCGUCAGUAAUAGACAGGCAGACAGACAGACUGACAAACAGGAUCUGUAUUAUCAAUCAUAUGCACAAGUGGGUGUCCUGUUUGCCUCGAUCCCAAACUUCAAUGACUUCUAUAUCGAACUGGACGGCAACAACAUGGGAGUGGAGUGCCUAAGACUCCUAAAUGAGAUCAUUGCUGAUUUUGACGAGCUCAUGGAUAAGGAGUGCUACAGAGACAUAGAGAAAAUAAAAACUAUCGGGAGCACAUACAUGGCAGCUGUGGGUCUUGUCCCCACCAUUGGUACCAAGGCCAAAAAAUCUGUUUACGACCAUCUGAGCACAAUAGCAGACUACGCCAUCGAGAUGUUUGAUGUUUUAGAUGAAAUCAACUAUCAGUCAUACAAUGAGUUUGUUUUGAGAGUGGGCAUCAAUGUGGGUCCAGUGGUUGCAGGGGUGAUCGGGGCACGGCGACCUCAGUAUGACAUCUGGGGAAACACAGUCAAUGUGGCCAGCAGGAUGGACAGCACUGGAGUACCAGGGAAAAUACAGGUGACUGAAGAGGUCUACCGCCUGCUGAAUACCAACUACGACCUGGUAUGCCGUGGCAAAGUCAGCGUCAAGGGCAAAGGUGAAAUGCUGACCUACUUUCUGGAGGGGAAGGUUCAGGGCGUGGGCACUGUAACCACUUCCUCAGUGGUGCGUUCUGCCAGUCUUGCGCGGCGGAUCCAUUCCUGUGGCAAGACCAGCGUCCCGACCAAACUGGGGAGCGUCUCCUCGGCCGCUAGCAUAGCUGCUUAUGCCAGCAUGGGAAGCAGCAUGCAGAUGAACACAGCCAACAGCAGCAACAGCCAAGCAACAUGCCUGCCUUCAUCCUUCGUGCCCACGGUGGGUGAAGAGGAUGAGGAAGAGGAUGCGGGGGUUACAGGGAUUCAAAUUGAGGCCGUGGCAGCUGUUGCAGAUGUGUCAGUGUAGGAAGGACGAGACCAACAGCUCCAGAAAAUAAAAGGGAAGAAAUCCUCUGGUGUGAGGCCUAGAGGAGACAGGGCUGUCCAGGUAUUUCCUUUAAAUCUUUGCCACUGGUAAAAACCUAAAUAUGCUGGUUCAGGAUUUGAACACCUGUGAAAUAACUUGGUGAUGCAGACAAUCAUAGCUGCUCUGAGGAAGAUGAAAAGAGACACCCAGAAUCUAGAAGUAUCUUUUAACAUCUUUAUAUCAGAUGAUACAGUUUGUGGUGUUCCUGGGCUCCCACAGAUCCAGGUAUACAGUAAUGUGCAUCUUUGUUUUAUAUAUAGUACAUAUUCAAUGUACAAGGGUUUUUGGGAAAUUAAUAUCCAGAAAAAGACUGAUCUUGCUAUCGCUUUUGCACUGUCUUUCUGAAUAUGCCAAGGAUACAUUGCAUUAUUUCCAGUAUAAAAUGGUGUUUUUAUUUUGUUGGUGUAUGUAAGCAUGCAUGUGUGUACUUGUGAGUGUGUAAGCAUGUAUGGUUAAUUCUGAAUUGUAACGAAACAGCACAAAAUACUUUUUUAUAUCCGGAGCUCACUGGAUGGAGCAGGCGUUUUUAAGAAAUAUUUACAGUUGAUAGUGCAUGACUUUUCAAGAGUUGACAGCCAUAGUCACGGUACUCCUGUUGAAAGAAAACCAAAGUUUUGAGCUUUUUUUGGAUCUUUAGUCUUACAGCUUUUGUUGCCUCAUUACACUGCAGAGAGGAAAAAGGUUGCAGUUUUUGAACAGAUAUGGUAAGUAAAAGGGACAGAGUUUAGACCUUAAAAUUUAUUUUAACUGUAGAGCUGCUGUGGAAUUAUCUAAUGCCAAACUGGACUAGUGAGAGAGCAUGAUCAACAUCACAUAAAGGACCAACACAGUCUUAAUUAAGGUGCAAACUGAAAUACAGAAAGGUUUACAUCAACACAGAAGACAGCACAGAACGGACUUAAGCACAUACAGUACAAACACAGCUUCUUCAAGUGCACAACCUAGUCCUUCAGCCAACGCCUGUCAAAUAAUCCAUGUACAUUGACAAAUAUUGAGGCAGCAGAGGCUUUGGUGCAUCAUCUGGCUACUGUUGUCUUUCAGGCAUUCAUCAUUAUACUGCAGUUUCUUUCCUAAAUCAGAGCUUUGUUUUUUAAAAUUUCCUCAUGAAAUGUAAGCUUUAGCUUGUCUCUCAGAGAUGUGAGGCGCUUCAGAUAUCUUUAUAGCCUAUGUCUUUAGCAUCAUAGGACUUUCGCUUUAUCUGCAAAGUGUAAAUUCACCAUUUUUCAAGUUCUUGCCUUACUUAAUAAGCUUACAGUGAUUGCAACUUGCCUUUUUAGAUAUAUUCACUUUGAUAUGCAGAUCAUACUUUUUUGUAAAUAGCCAAAACCUGCAAAUUAUGUUGUA